GUGUAUGCGAGAGGGGGCAGAAAGGAGAGUGUGUGUUCUCCAGAGAGGGUGAGAAUGGAAAUGUGAUCGAAAAGGUAAAAGAAGUAAAGGAAAUACAAAGGAAGGAAGAGAAAGUCUCAGAUCUUUGCGCUCAGCGCAGGAAUUACACGUCCGAAACAUUUUCGCGCAAACUUGCUGAGAGUUGUCCUUACCGGCGCGCGGCUCAGCUCGAGGUGGGAAGAAGCGAAAAAAAAAAAAAAAUCUCCGGGAUGGUGGACUCCCGCUUCCCUCGCGCUGGCGGCCCGGGAAUCACGCGCCAUUGAAGGGGGGUGAUAUCGUGCAUGCGCUUUGGCUUCACGGCGUGCACGCUCGGGUCGGUCGAUACGAGCACACUGGCGUGGCUCUCGGCCUCCAUUUGCCAAUUCGUGUUUAUGUUCGAGGGAUUCAACGAGGCCCUUUCAACGGCGGCGACGACGACGUGCAACAGUUGGAGUUUUACCGUGAACGUUAUUAUUGUAUCGCUUCCGUAGGCCACGAGGUGUUCAACCGACGCUGAAAGGUAUCAAAUGAGGUGGAACAGCAACAGCCAUUGGUGAUGCCGUCUACAGACUCUGAACUCACAUCCAUGGAGGACUCCUAUGCAGAGGAAGAUGAGAAGGGGAGCUUGACUGAUGUCCCCUCCUCAGCUCCUCCUACUACAAUCUCUGCUUCAACGCCUCCUUUUCCUACCACUAUGACUAAUUUCACUGGUGAUACAGUGAUUGAGAACAGAGCUGUAUCCAUGACAAGUAAUGACGGCAGCUCAGCUCUCUCUUCACCUGCUGAAGCUAGCCCAGCCAAGCCUGCUUUAAUAUUACCUAAUACCUUUGAAGGAACUGUUGAAACAAGCCCAGCUACCUCACAUAUAGCAUCAGCAUCAGACUCCUUAAAAUGCACAGGGACAAGCCUUGUCAGCAUUUCAGAAUCACUGCCAUUGUUGUCUGUGUUACCAUGUACCACAUUCGGCAGUCCAGACCUGGAAAAUGACUUUUCUGCUGUGCUGACCUUCCAAGGAGUCACUGUCACUCUGGAGAAUAACAGUGUGUGGAGGCAGUUUUACAGCUGUGGAACUGAGAUGAUUCUCACUAAACAGGGGCGCCGAAUGUUCCCUUACUGCCGAUAUCGCCUGGCUGGCCUAGAUCCUGAGCGCCAGUACAGUCUGGUCCUGUCCAUAGUUCCAUCUGACCAGUACAAGUACCGCUGGAGCAAAUCCAAAUGGGAGGUCACCGGACCAGCGGAACACCAGGCUCAGGGUCUGAUCCGGGCCUUUUCCCACCAUUACUCACCCUGCAAAGGUUCAGAGUGGAUGGGUGGCUUGGUGUCUUUCUACAAACUCAAACUGACCAAUAAUUCCUUAGACCAGGAGGGUCAUAUAAUCCUACACUCCAUGCAUCGGUACAUUCCUAGGCUACAUGUGAUACCUGUCCCAGAUGGGGUCGUAACCACACCUGACCAACCUGUGGUUAUGGGACCGGAAAGCAUGACCUUUACUUUUCCACAAACUGAAUUUAUGGCUGUUACGACUUACCAGAACUUUAGGAUCACCCAGCUGAAAAUUAAUCAUAACCCGUUUGCAAAGGGCUUUAGGGAGGACGGGAACAACUCCCGUCUAAACAGGGUCACUACAGAGGCUCAACCUGCGGUGAAGACAGACACUGCGUCCUCUGUUUUAAAACAAAAUGAAAGCAAAGAGGGGGUUGUGGAUAUGAGCAUGGAGAAACACACCGUCCCUGCUUCUCUCUCAAAUGUGCAAGAGACAAGACUGGUCCUUAAGCCCAUAAUGUCUACCCCUGCCAGCAAGGAUGAACCAUAUGUCCCCUGUAUAAGAGGCAAGCAUGCCCUUGGUGAGCUUGUGCUUGUCCAAAAACGUCCCCUCGUGGAACCCAGGGAAGAAAGCCCCACCAUCAGCGUUACCCCUAAGUUGCAGCAAGGCUUCAAAGAGAUGCCUAAAGCAAUAUCCAUGACUCCUACUUCCUCGAGGUCUACCCCGGGGUUGUCACCUGGGAGCCGAAAGAGAAGGAAGAAGAUCAACAGACGUUGGGGGAAUUCCCGUGGAAGAGAUUGGAAAACCGCUGCUGCUGCGUCUCCCAAGGUGGUCCACAGCCCAUCACUGACUGUCGCAUUGCAGCCAGAGCUGGAUGAUGUAGAGGGCCUGCUGUUUGUGUCAUUCACCUCAAAGGAAGCUCUUGAAGUUCACGUCAGGAAAAAGCCAGCCAAUAGCUCAGUAUCUCCAGUUUCCCUAAUGACUCAGAAGCAAUUGAAGGAAACAGUGGAGGUGAUCCCGGAGACUGAUGAGGAGAAGAUAGCCCGCUUGGAGGCUAUCCUGCUGCAGGACCUCCAAGUUCUCAAACACAGACAGGUCAUCCAUCCUGUGCUGCAGGAAGUGGGCUUGAAGUUGAGCUCCAUAGACCCCUUAAAGUCCAUUGACCUACAGUAUCUGGGGGUUCAUCUGCCACUGCCUCCAACGAACCUACCACAACAAGAUAAGGAGUUACCCUUCAUCUCCAGGACCGGGAAGACAAGUGACAUGACAAAAAUAAAAGGAUGGAAAAACAAGUUCAUAAAAAGCAAAGAAACUUCUCCUCCUGACUGUGAUGGAUUACAAAAGAACCUAUCUGCCUUCUGCAGCAACAUGUUGGAUGAGUACUUGGAAAGUGAAGCUCAGCAAAUCAGUGAGCGGGCAGCUGCCUUCUCCACAAACCCAGAGGGCUCAGUGGCCUAUCAGCUGCCUGUUAAAAGCUCCAGCUACGUAAAGACCCUGGACAGCGUACUCAAGCAUCGAAACGGUGCUUCCAGAUUCCCAGUGGGGGCCAACAGACCCUGUCCCCUUUCCCACAAACCCCUCCUCUACUCGGCCCUGACGUCACCAGCUCCUCCUCUGGCCAGCCCUGCAACCCGUAUUCAAGCAGAAGCACAGGCCAUACAGCACUCAACAUCUUCAAAUACGCAGCCAGGAGCUUUGCUGACAGUUGGUGCAAAUGCUGCUUCUGGGUCCAGUUACACUAGUGCUGUUUCACAGAGAUCAUCUACAUACCACCCAGGGGUCAGCCAGAGAUCAGCGAUGAGCUUUGGGCAGAACCAAGGGUUGGCACACAGAUCUUCAGGCCUCACUAAGGUCCAGCUCAAACUGUUGCAGAUGGAGAUUGGAGCCCUGAACGAGGGUCUGAGCAGAACAGAGCUGACUCCAGACAGGGUGUCAGUGGCUCUGUCUGCAAUCCUGACGAAACAGAUGCUACCCAGUCAGGUCUUGAAAGUGGCUAGGUAUCCAAAGUAUAAAGCUGGGGGACCUGAAUGUGGUCAGGACUUCUGCAGACUGGGCUGUGUGUGUUCCAGUCUCCAGCAUCUGAACAGAGGUCCUCUUCACUGCCGGCGGCCUGAAUGCAUGUUCGGCUGUGCCUGCUUCAAACGAAAGAUCACCAAGCAGAUUUCUGCGGGGGAGGGUGAACAACAGGUCCAACCUGUUUACUCUAUGACUAAUAUGGAACAUGCGGUCCAACCUCACCCGGGCUCCCACGCUAAUAAACUGUGGAACCGCAAACUUCAUGAUGUGGAUCCAGAGCCGCUCUUCGCCCCCACAAGUCCUCCCCAUUUGGUCCCCUCAAAGGCGAUAAAACGUAGCAGUGUACCUCGUCCAACGCAACCGAUACGAGAGGAGGACAAGGAUCCAGUGUAUAAAUACUUGGAGAGCAUGAUGACAUGUGCACGUGUUAGAGAGUUCAACAGCAAGCCUCCUCCUGAAGUUACCAUAGAGCCGAAGAUCCCUGAUACUUGUACAGCAAACACUAUAACCAAACUGCAGAAGACGGCAACGGGCAACCGGCCAAGACACUACUACAGACCUAUAAAGACUCUUAAAAAAGCAGCAGAGAAGACCUGUCAGGAAUCCACAGCCAGUGAAACAGAAGCAAGGAAGCAAAUACAGAUUCAGUCAGCGUGUCAAUGGGACAAGGACCACAAAAUGGUCCUGGAAGCUUUAUGUCGACGCAUGAAUCAGAAUAGGUUGUCUAAGCGUUUCUGCAUAGGACCUUAUCGCAUCUGCCCAGUUGCCAAGAUCUUCAUGCGGAAGCCCAGCGGCUCCAUUGUCACCUACAGGGUACACAUCAGUAAACCUUCAAAAGCCAGUGAUAAUGAAAAGGAUGAAUUUGAUGACUGUGAUGAGGAAAAGCUUGCCAAUAAAAGCUUCGAUGGGGACAUCAAUGCAGAUGAGGAAGAUGGCCAAACCGAAGAGUCAGAGAUGCGGCUUGGAGUCAUGCCCUUCCUGGGUGGAGUCUUGCGUGCCGGCAGACUGAGAGCCAGGACCAAACCUGUUGGCUGCCAAGCAUAUGGACUUAUACAGGUAAAUGGCAAAUCCUACAAUCAAGCCAGACUGUUGUUGGGGAGCAUGGGAUCUCUACAUCCAGCUAACCGCCUCGCAGCAUAUGUCACAGGCCGACUGCAUGCUCCCGGCAAUGUUUUUCAUAAAAAAAACAAUACUACAGAUACUCUGCACAUAAAAGCUGCAGGCACGGUAGUGCCUCCAAUUAUCACUGCAAGGAGAACCACUGAUCUCAAGACACCAACACAACCACCAGUUCAGUUCCAGCCCGACUCAGGGAGAAAAAGAUCCAUCACCUUACCACAGCAUUCACAGAACUCCUCCACCAUUAACUCUGUCCAGAAGUUCGUCUCGAGCCAGCGCAGCUCGAUCAGUACCUUCCAGAACAGCUCCACGUCCUCGCCUGUCUCUCUCACCGUCUCCCCCUCACUGAAAACCCCCAGCUUCCUGGGACAGAGUGGGACCUAUUCAUUCAGGAUCUGCCCUCCAGCCAACCAGAGCACCAGAGGCCAGAACCCAACAGGAGUUUCCUUGCCUGGAGGCUUUACUCUCAUUCAGCUCCCAAAGCCUGAAGCUGAUGGAGAUGCACAACUAUCAGAAACUGUAAACACUGCAAACAUGGCUGGUAUGGAUAAACCUCUGUCACAAAGAGAUGCUUUGUUUAACUUUGGCCACUUAGCAGCUGGUUUGGAUGCAGAUUGGCUUGGUUUGGACACUCUUAAAGAAGGUAAAGACCUGUCAAGCAGCAGAUCAGUAGAGCCUGGCUCCUCACCUGAGCUGAUAUGUGAUGAGAAGAUGCCUUCAGAUGAGAGUGACGAAGCCAACAGCAGGCAGGUGGAAUCAAACCUGGAUAUCGCUUCAGAAGGCUUAAGCUCUGACUCUUCAGACUACUGUGGAGAGGGUGACAAAGAUGAGGAGCCUGUGGACAUAGAGACUGUAGAGGAAGUAAGACAAGGAAUUGCCAUCGCAAAAAUGAAGGAAGCUGUUAUCAAGGCAUUACAGGAGUCACGAGAUUCCAGUGACGAUUUUGGAUCAGCGAGGGAACUCAACAUGCAGGAUCAAAUGGACGAUGAACAUGAUGUACCUAAGGACAAAAAGAGGCGAAAGAACCACACAGUGCUAGAAAGGCAAAGACGCUCUGAGCAGCGGAACCUGUUCGACAAACUUCAGACUGUCCUUCAGAGUGACCCCAGGGCCCCCAGGCUCCGCCUCCUCUCACUGGCUCUAAAGGAAAUCCAAAACCUGGUUGAGACCUCCAAAUGUCUGGAGGAGAAGAAGAAGAGGCUGACUCAGAUGCAGUCUGCCUAUGUCAAGGAGCUUUCCCUUUUGUCUGGGAAAUCAGAGAAGCUGAUUAAGCACAAGCUGAGGGAUAUCUGCAAGAGGCAGAAAAUGAGAGAGAAGACAAUGAAAUGGAGGCCUUUAUUUUCCCAUCUACUCCAGGCCAGAGCUGCUCUCCUGCAAGCCACCACUCCCCAGUCCAAGUUCAAUCACACACCCCUGUUACAGCCUGACUUCUCCAUGGCUCCAUCUCAGGCUAGCCCACACGCAACUCUAGCCGAAAACAAUGUACACGAGAUGAUGCCCCUGCUUCAGCCUAACCUACACAGCGCCCAAUCCAGUGUACACACACCCAUGCCCCUGCCCACACCACAGUCUCUUCCUCAGGCAGUGUCCUCUCUGACCCAGGCCGAGGUCAUUGCAGCCCCAUCGCGGGUAGAGAAUCAGCCAGGUGAACCUGUGACCUCAGUCCAAGUGAGUCAACAUCAGUCAAAGUUUGAGGACCAGCUGGAAGCACCUGGAGCCUCACCUGUAUCCUCAACACCCAAUUCCCAAAACCCCUCUGUUUGCCCUCCACAACCCUUUGCUCUUCCUCUGAUUCGCUCUAAGACUGGCAGAAUCAUACUUCCCUCAUCUCUGAAACCAACUGGUCAAGGCUUCUAUACACUCAUGGUAAUGAAAGCCAAGCAGAAUGGAGAAGAGGGUGAGGAUAGCGUUUCAGCUAAUAUGCAGCCUGAUGUGGACUCCAAGAAUCAGGAGAAGAGCUUUUCUGCAUCUGACCACCCUCCAGGCUCAGAAAGCAGCUGUAUUUUGGAGGAGGACAAAACUACAUCCUCAAAUUCUGAUCCAAAGCAUUCAGGUAUAACAACCCACCUGGCUGAGCUUGCUUUCCUUAACAAAUCAAUCUAUGUGCCUUCGGAGGCUGUGCAAGCUGGGGAGAACAGCCCGGAGGGGGGCACAGUGGCGGGUUUAAACAAAACACUGGCAUCUGCCUGCUUGAGUUUUAACCGUGUCCAUCAGAUUCCUACUUCGGUCGAGGCUGAGCUUGAUCCUGACCCUGCUGUAGUCCGCCGUCCCAGGGGCAGGCCUCGAAAGAACCAUGUUCCCCCUGUUAGUGGAAGUGAAAAAUGUACCAUGGUAAAAGAGACCAGGAAACGUGUCAGUGAAAGUGUAACACCUAUUCUGGUUAAAAAAAGACCUAGUAAAAGAAAAUCUUUCAAAGUGACCAAGAGACGAGCUGAGGACACCCAAGGAAUGGUCAGUGACAUAGCAAAUAACCCUGAACAAUCGAAACGAGGCAGAGGAAGGCCUCCGAAGAAGAAGUCAGCACGCCUGUGGAGUCCAGUUUCACAAGAAGGAAGAAGUCCGUCUAAAUCCAACGAGGACAGCCCUGUCAGAGUUUCUUCCCGUUUUAAAAGCCCUGAUACAAAACCCAAGGCAAGCCCUGCAGGAACCACCUUGCUUGGAGAUGUAAACACAACACGGCCACUAACGCGGGGUGCUUUAGGAAAGGACUUCCCCAGUGCCAAGAAACGAUCCUGGAUAGAUAUAGAAAAGGAACUGGAACCAGAGCUUGAAUAUGAAUAGUUCUCAUAUCUUCUUGUUCACUACAGAAGCCCAUUCAAAGAGUCAUUUAACCUCAGUUAGUCUCACACUGAAACCUCACACCUCUCUGAGGCAGCUGCAUCUGUCCUAGCAUUAUCCUCCCAUUGUUACUUAUUUAGCGGAGUUUAUCUCUCCUGCUCU